AAUAGUUUGAGAAGUAUGGAACAUCUGUUGGUUUUUAUUCUGAUAUGUUUCUCACUUGCGAGCAUGUCUAAUGCAGAGGAAGUCGGCUGCCCGAAACCAAAAGUAUAUGAAUGUACGACACAUAGUGAUUGUGAAUCCUUUGGAUUAAAAGAACAUGCCUGCAUUGACAAAAAUGGGAAAAAAAUCUGCAUGAGAUGUAAAUGUGCGCUCUUUCAUCAAUGUACAUGGGAUAAAAAUGAAGUUGUUUGUGAUAACUGUGAAGAAGGUUAUUUUGGUGAUCAUUGUGAAUGUAAAAACGAAACUAGUCAGUGUGACUCAAACCCUUGUGUCAAUGGUUGCUGUGUAGAUUCUGGUGAAAGCUACCAUUGCGAAUGUAGAUCUGGAUGGGGAGGACAGAAUUGUGAUGAAGAUGUGGAUGAAUGUUUAUCACAGCCAUGUGGGGUUGGUGCCUGUGUCGAUGAAACAAACAAAUAUAAAUGUGAAUGUCCAAACGGUUAUGUAGACAACUGUCAAGGUGUAGAUCCUCAAUUGGCUAAUGUUAUCAUCGGUUAUCGUAGCGUGACUGCUUCAUCAGAAUGGAGUUCUAACACUGGGCCACAUAAAGCGGUAGAUAACAAAUUUGGAAUAACAGGAAACUUAUACCACAGUGGCCCUAGCGAUUACAGCCCAUGGAUUCAAAUAGAGUUCAUAAAAGUAUACGGAAUCAAAAGAGUUGUGAUUUAUAACAGACAAGGCGGAGGCUGUCAAGAUACUAGUUGUGAUUCAAGACUUAGGGAUUUGACAAUGUAUGUUGGAAACAAUGUUUGUGCAAACUAUACAGGUCCUGCAACAAAUAUAUAUAAUCUUGAAAUACAAUGCGACCAACAGACGUUUGGAGAUACUCUUAGAUUACAAAAAGACGGACGCUGGCUUCACUUUGUUGAAAUAGAAGCAUAUGCAUACUAACAUUUUAAUUUUAUGUAGUUACUUUUAACAAAGUAUAUAUCUAUAAGAGGGAAUACAUAACGAGACGUGAAAAUUAAAAUAUAUCAAUGAUUAUUCUUUGUAUGGGAUAAAAACUGUAUCUUUCUGUUAGUUAACUUUGGGAAAAUUGCUAUAAAAUAAUAGAUAGUUAGAUUGAAUGUAAAUAUUAAGGUGGAUAAAAUAGUGUGUUUCUUAUUUUUGUUUUAUUUUUUGAGGGCUCAGUGCUAGACUUUUCUAACCUACAGUUUGAAAUACUUUCAGGAAAUGGAAAAAAG